CGAGUGAGCGGUGUAGAGAGCGAGCUAGCAAUAACGGUUGUGAGAGUGUGUGCGUGUUAACCGUUCGUGUUCGAAAAUGCACAGUGGUCGCUCUGUGCACAGUGUACAAAAUUAAAAUUAAAAUUAUUUUUUUUAGUUUUUGGUGUUGUUGUGUAUGUUUAAAACAUUUUAAAUACAUUUUAUAUCAACAGAAAAAUAGUUAAACUAUAUUUUAUGUCUUUUUGCAUUUAUUUCCGGCUAUUUUGGUAAAUUCCAAUUAAAGCCUCUAACUAGAUGUCAUCAACGCAAAAUGACAGCACAAUUGGAAAUGAUGGCAGUUGCAACAUAAACAAAACGUGUGUAAAUAACGAAACUCACCGCUAAAGUCCAUUUUUGCAAUAUUUUAAGCCGAUAGAAUCCCUCCCUGUUCUUCCGAUGACCGAAACCACGGAAGAACCAAUUCCCACGGACCAAUCGGAGCAGCCCAGCGUACGGCCACAGUUUGGCAACCGGUUCCUGUCCGCCGGCGACGAUGUGUUCCAGCACAACGCUUGGGAUAACGUGCAGUGGGACGAGGAGCAGGAGAAUGCCGCCCUGGAGGGGGUUAAGAAAAACUCAUCCGUGAAGCUGUCCGACGCGGAGGUGACACGGUUGGAGACGGAAGCCGAUCAGAAUUGGGACCGUUUCUAUGGCAUCCAUCAGAACCGGUUCUUCAAGGAUCGUCACUGGCUGUUUACGGAGUUUCCCGAGCUGGCGCCAGCGAAGGGACCGAACACCGUCCCGGAGCGUGUACUGCCCGACGGGGAGCCCGUUAAAAGGGCGGAGGAAGUGUCGCAGGAGAGUGAUGGGCAGCAAAGGAGGAGAACGAUAUUUGAGAUCGGAUGUGGUGUGGGGAACACUGUCUUUCCCAUCCUAAAGUACAGCGAGGAAAAGAAUUUGAUGAUCUAUGCGAGCGACUUCUCGCGGCAAGCGAUCGACAUCAUGUGCCAGAGUCCGGAGUACGAUACGAACCGGUGCAAAGCGUUUGUGCUGGAUGCGACGGCCGACCGGUGGGAUGUGCCGUUCGCGGAGAACAGUAUCGACAUCGUGGUGCUAAUAUUCGUACUAUCCGCCAUCGAUCCGGAACGCAUGCAGCACGUGGUGAACCAAAUCGCACGCUACCUCAAACCAGGUGGAAUGGUAAUGCUGCGCGACUACGGCCGUUACGAUCUUGCCCAGCUACGGUUCAAGCCUGGCAAAUGCCUGAAGGACAACUUUUACGUCCGCGGCGACGGUACGCUGGUGUACUUUUUCACCCAGGAAGAUCUGCGAACACUGUUCACGAGCGCCGGAUUAGUCGAGGAGCAGAACAUCGUCGACCGCCGGCUGCAGGUGAACCGGGGCAAGAUGGUCAAAAUGUACCGCGUGUGGGUGCAGGUCAAAUUCCGCAAACCAACCGACAACUAGGAGAACGCAAUCUGCCUGUCUGUUCUCUUCUGUUUUUUUAUUGGUGGGUUUGUUUAAAAGUUAAAUACAGCUUAGGAUUUACACACAAAA